AGGAGCAGUGUCCGAAAUAGGUACACUUCCCUUAUACUGCAAAUUGCUAUUAUAAGCAGAUAUUUAAAAAAAAAUGUUAAAUCGAAAGGUCUUUGUACUUCUUUUUAUUGGAGUUUUGGUAUCCGAGCUUCUAGUUUCAAACGUAGAAGCCGGAAAGGGCGAUGGUUCUUCCAAGGAUGGUAAAAAAGGAAGCCAAAAUUUGGGAAAUGCUGCUAAUUUACCAAGUCUUGAUCAAGUCAGAACUACUUUACAACAAUAUGCAACUCGCAUCAGAGAUGGAUUGAGAGGACCCAAUUCCAACGAAGAGGUUGACGAAUUCCAUGCUUGGCGAUUCCCGCAAUAUAUUUUGGAACUUGAAGAGUCAUCAAAUAAACUCUGAUCACACUGGUCAAAUGGUCAUAGACCCGUAUGACUUUUACAAUAGAGGUGUAGAACCACAGAAUUUGCAAGAUUAUAAUAAUUAUGUAAAUAAUCAAUACCGCGCAUGGCUUGAGUGAAAAAAGAACUGUCAACA